AUGGCAGAGGUUUUGGCUUUUGAGCUCUUCAGCAGCUACGUGGACGGCUUUGACAGCAGCUGCUGGCUGUCGCGCGACAAGCACAACGCCCCGUGGGACUUCGAGUUUGUGGAUCGAGAGGGGGUGCUGGGCGGCCCGGACCGCAAGGGGUGGAAAUGCCUUAUCGACGUGAAGGGCUGCCGCGCUUCUCGUGGCCCAAGGUCACAGACCGAGGAGCCCUUUUUCAUUGGUGCAAAGCAGCUCCAGGUCGCGGAGGACGCGCACGCUCAUCCACAAGACAAGGUGCUGUGCAUAAUAGUUCGGAUUGAGGGUCUGAACGGGGACCAGGACCUGCGCAUUGAUGUCCUGAUGGACCCUGUGUGGCAGCUGAAACAGGGCAGGCUGAUGGAGGUUGUGGGGGGUGGAAAAAGGGUGCUGAAAAACACGAGCAAGCUGGCGGUGGCCCGACUGCCCCCUUCCAGCUAG